AUGACAAGCGCAAAACUAUGGGGAGGUCGCUUUACGGGCGAAACUGAUCCACUUAUGGACGCAUUCAACGCAUCCAUUCACUUUGAUAAAAAAAUGUACGAAGCUGAUAUUCGUGGAUCGCAAGCCUAUGCUAAAGCUCUCUCAAAAAACGGCAUAAUAAACGACGACGAAUGCGCCACGCUCGUAGAUGGAUUAGAAAAGGUUCUACAAGAAUGGCAGACUAAUAAAUUUGUAAUCAAACCGGGAGACGAGGACAUUCAUACAGCGAACGAGAGGAGACUUGGAGAGUUUGUUGGGGGUGUGGCGGGAAAGCUGCACACUGGGAGGAGUAGAAAUGAUCAAGUAACAACUGAUUUGAGAAUUUGGGCCCGGGAGGAAGCAAGGAAGUUAUUAGGGCAUUUGAAGCAAUUGAUUGCGGUCGCUGUGGAAAGAGCGGAACGAGAAGUAGAUGUUUUGAUGCCUGGUUAUACUCAUCUACAGCGUGCUCAACCAAUUCGUUGGAGUCACUGGCUACUCAGUUAUGCUUGGAGCUGGCAAGCGGACGCCAAACGUUUGGAACAAAUAAUUGAUCGUCUCAAUGUUCUUCCCCUCGGUAGUGGAGCUUUAGCUGGUAAUCCAUUCAAUAUUGAUCGUGGAUUUCUUGCUCAAGAAUUAGGCUUUAGUGGCGUUAUCCAAAACAGUCUCUAUGGUGUCAGUGACCGUGACUACAUAGCCGAAUUAUUGUUCUGGGCUUCUGUGGCCAUGGUACAUGUAAGCAGAAUUUCAGAAGAUCUGAUUAUAUACAGCUCAGGAGAGUUUGGAUUUGUUACUCUUGCGGAUGCAUACAGUACUGGAAGCAGUUUGAUGCCUCAGAAGAAAAAUCCUGACAGUCUGGAACUUCUUCGUGGUAAAUCUGGACGCGUCUUUGGUCAACUCUCAGGAUUUCUGAUGACAUACAAAGGUCUUCCAAGCACUUACAACAAAGACCUUCAAGAAGAUAAAGAACCACUAUUCGAUGCUGUCGAAACACUGUCGGGAUCUCUACAAAUCACAGCUGGCGUUUUAUCUACUUUGACGAUCCAUCCCCAAAAAAUGCGCCAAAACCUUAGUAUCGAUAUGUUAGCUACUGAUCUGGCCGAAUAUCUUGUCCGAAAAGGGGUUCCGUUUCGUGAGACUCAUCACAUUGCAGGUGCUGCAGUUCGCCUGGCUGAAGAACGUAACACGUCGAUGUCUGCACUUUCCUUAUUUGACUUUAAACAACUUCACACAGCCUUUGAAGAAGAUAUAGCCGAAAUCUGGGAUUUCGAGAAGAGUGUUGAGAAUAGAUCGAGUUUGGGAGGAACGAGCAAGCAAACUGUAAUAGAACAGAUAAGAAUAUUAAAGGCUUGGUUAGCUGAAUAG